AUGUUGGACCCAAACCAGAAAGCCGUCGUCAUCGGAAUCAGCGGAUGUUCCUCGAGCGGCAAGACGACACUGGCUCGACUUCUCCGCGACAUCUUCCCCAAUACCUUCAUCCUACACGAAGAUGACUUUUACAAGCCCGAGUCCGAAAUUCCUAUGAAAGAUGGCCUCGCAAACUGGGACUGUCCCGAAGCCCUUUCUAUCCCCGACAUGACCGCAGCCUUAGAGCACAUCCGCGCCACGGGCGAGUUACCUGUUAGUAAUAUCCUUACCAGACCCUUUCUUUCCCGGAGACAUAACCGUGGUUGUUGUUACCCCCCUCCCCCAUUAUCAUCAACCGAAACCAAAAUUACAGCGCCAAAACAAGGGCCUGGUAAGAUCGUCAAGUCAAAGCCACUAACUGGAACCACCCCCCUCUCUCCCAAAAAACAGGCCACCCUCGACUCCAAAGAAGACCUCAACUCCAUCGGCCCUUGCCCCCUCACCACAGACUUCAUCAACACCAUCAAGUCGCGCGUGGCCGACUGGUUGCAGCCCUCGUCUCCCGGUCAUCGCAUCCUCCACUUAUCCUCUCAACAACCCCUAAAAAUCUGCAUCCUAGACGGUUUCCUCCUCUACUCCCCCCCUCCCCUUCUGCCUGCCACCUUACUCUCCCAAAUGGACAUCAAACUCUUUCUCCUCGUAUCCAAAGCCAGGGCCUUACAGCGCCGCGAAGCAAGAGACGGGUACGUAACGCUCGAAGGAUUCUGGAAGGACCCGCCGGGGUAUGUGGAGAAGAUUGUUUGGCCUGAGUAUGUCAGGGCGCAUGAGUGGAUGUUUGAGGAGGGGGGUGUGGAGGGGGGGAAGGUGAAGGCGGAGGAGGUGAGGGAGAGGUUGGGGGUUUUGGUUAAUCAGAAGCAAGGUGAAAGUAAAAUGGAUAGGGAUUUUGGGGAGACGUUGGAGUGGGCGGUGGAGACGAUUAUGAGGGAGUUGGAAGCGUUGGUUUUGGGUGGGGAGCAGAGGAAGGAUGGAGACAAGGAGAACGGGGAUGGGGAGAAGGAAAAGGAGAAAGAGGCGAUUGCGUUGAAUAGUUUUGCGAUGAAGAAGAAGUGGGCGGCGGGGCAGAGGGAGAGGAAUGCGAGGGAGUUGUUGAUUAAGGAGUCGCAGGAGCAGCAGCAACAGCAGCAGAAGGAAUGA